UUUGAAGUAGAAGCCUGAAAAGCGUGAGUGAGGGGUAGUGAUAGAAGGAUAAGGUGAGGUGACGAUAAACCGUGGAAAGUGGAAACGGUGGUGUAGUCUGUGAGUGUCAUUGUGAAGUUGGAGACAAUGUUAGCUUCUUCUCUCUCCUUCCUCCAUUCUUGUUCAUCUUCCUCUUUCUUAUUGUCAAUUUCACUUCCUAAUCCCAAACCCUCUCAUUCCCUACCUUUCGUGCUCGAAGCCAAAGACAGGACCCGUAGGGAAGACAGGUCCGCGCGCCACACUCGCAUCAGAAAGAAGGUCGAAGGGACACCCGAGAGGCCGAGGCUGUCCGUGUUCCGGUCGAACAAGCAUCUCUCUGUGCAGGUGAUAGAUGACACCAAGAUGCACACGCUCGCUUCGAUUUCGACAAUGCAGAAGACGGUUGCUGAAGAGUUCAACUACUCCGCUGGCCCUACACUUGUGAUUUCUUUAUAUAGAUGCUAUUAUGCAGUGUUCAGUUUUUUCUUUGUGUUGGAUGCUGUUAUACUUUUUUAUUGCUGCCUGAUUGGACUCUGUGUUGUGAAUGAUAAUAUUGAACAUAUAUUGCCUGUGUUCAGCAAUGAUAGGGAAACUUAAUUUCCCAUUUCGUGAUUGAAAGACUGUGCUUUCUGAAUAAAAUUAGGGGUCAAUGGUGUUUUUUGUAUAUGUAAAAUUGCGACUUUUUUGUUUCUGCCCCUGAAUUUUCAUCUGCAUUUCCUAAAUUCCUGAGUCUGAAUCUGAGUCUGUUAAGUUACUAGUUAUUGGACAGUUUCUUGAUUAUCUCUGUAACAAGGGGAGGCGGAAUCCUUGUGUUCCGCGGCUAGUAUGGCUUUUAGAAAGAUCACUAUGUAAUUGUGUAGUAACUUAGCAGAGUUAGACUGAGGCAAAAAUUUGAGUAUUUAGAAACAAAAUGGAAGGGCUAAUUGGCGAUUUCAUAGGGAGGAAAAACACCAUUAACCCUAUAAUAAAAUACCAAUUAGUGGAAAAUAAAUUAGUACUUAGAAACUCUAUUCAAAGAGGAAACAAUAUGCACUUCAAAAGGCAUUGUUCGCUGCCCUCACCUUUAGGUAGGGGUGGUGUGGACUCAAAGAGAGAUGCAUUACUACUGAUUUCAUCUCUCUUUCUCUCACACACUCUAUCUGUUUAUGAAUAAACUCAGUAGAAUACCUUUUACUAUUAGCUACCAGAUUUUUUCUUAGAUAUAGAUUUCAAGUUUCACGUUUUAGCAACUGUACCAUUGAAAAAUAUUGAGUGGGGAAUACUGAGGGAAGCCAACAAAUGCAGUGAGAAGGAUGAAUCUUUGGGUUGCUUGAGUAUAAAUAUACACGUGUUUUUGUUGUAAUCAUUUUAAGUCAGCUACAUCAGUUGCUGCAGUUGAAGGCUCUAUUGCUUGACAUGAAAUAGUUACAUCUGAUGAUGAUGUGCUUUCACCAUUCCAAUUUAAUUGUUUUGUUUUUAUUUGAUUCACAACACUAUAUAUAAUUACAGAAGCAAGAAACACUUACAUCUUGAAGUUCAUCUCCACUUACAGUGGUAAUUACUGAUACAUUAUAAGUAAAUUAUAUUUUUAACUGACCAUCAGAGUUCAUAGAUUUUCGUAUUUUUCUCAAAUGUGUUAAUGUAUACAAAAAGCAUGAUGCAAAAUGAGUCAAACCAAAGUGGCUACCUAACAGUGAGCUUUACAAUGUUUUAUUAAAAAAAAUAAUAAUCCUCAAUCUGUCUAAAAAUUCAAUUAUGCUAAUAAUCUUCAAAACAUAAUUGAUAUCUUCACCAAAACAGUUGUACCAUGCAGGUUCUGUUCAUUUUAGUCUUAGAAAUGUCUAAUUCAGUAUCAUAUAAAGAUAUUGUUCUCAAUGGUUAUAAUGCCACUGUCUCCUUUGCUUGAAAAGGUUUUCUUACCAUAUCUUUUUUUUCUCCAUAUACUGGAUGAUGGUCCUGAUCCUUUGCAAUUUUUUUUUGUUUCAGGAAGUAGCAAAGAGGAUGGGUGAGAUCAUUGCGAAGUCCUGUUUAGAGAAGGGGAUCACAAAGGUGGCCUUUGAUCGAGGUGGAUACCCAUACCAUGGCCGUGUUCAAGCACUCGCUGAAGCAGCUCGUGAACAUGGCCUAGAUUUCUAAACUGAGUCUCUCUCCUUUGUAUCUCUUUGUAUUUCAUGUUUAAAUUUAUAACCCGAGGCUUCAACAAUUUUUUUAAAUGACAUUUCCUUAUUUCUAAUGACUUUAUUGUGAUCCAAUUGCUCCUAUUCAUCUAUCAAUUUCUUUUUAGUUCUA